AUGGGGGCCCUAGGGGGUAAAGCCUUAAGUGGGGUCCUAGGGGGCAAAGCCUUAGGUGGGCGUCCUAGGGGCAAAGCCCUAUGUGGGGAUACAUGCAUGGGGGCCCUAGGGGGCACAGCCUUAGGUGGGGGUCCUAGGGGGCAAAGCCUUAGGUGGGGGGUCCUAGGGGGCAAAGCCCUAUGUGAGGUUACCUGCAUGGGGGCCCUAGGGGGCAAAGCCGUAGGUGGGGGGGUCCUAGGGGGCAAAGCCUUAGGUGGGGGUCCUAGGGGGCAAAGCCUUAGGUGGGGGGGUCCUAGGGGGCAAAGCCCUAUGUGGGGAUACCUGCAUGGGGGCCCUAGGGGGCAAAGCCUUAGGUGGGGUCCUAGGGGGCAAAGCCCUAUGUGGGGAUACCUGCAUGGGGGCAAAGCCCUAUGUGGGGAUACCUGCAUGGGGGCCCUAGGGGGCAAAGCCUUAGGUGGGGUCCGGGGGCAAAGCCCUAUGUGGGGAUACCUGCAUGGGGGCCCUAGGGGGCAAAGCCUUAGGUGGGGGCUUAGGGGGCAAAGCCCUAUGUGGGGUCAAAGACCUAGGCGACUACAUUUUUAA